CCGACGCGCGCGAUGGGAGGCGCGGCGAGCAAAGCGGAGACGAAAGAAAAGCCGAAGAAAAUAUGCUGCGCGUGUCCGGAGACGAAGCGCGCGCGGGACGAGUGCGUGGUGACGCACGGGGCGGACGAGGACGGGGCGUGCAGGGAGAAGAUUGAGCAACACCUGAAGUGUUUGCGCGCGGAGGGGUUCGACGUGUGA